AUUACCGGCUUUUCUUGACAUUUGACCGCUUGAGAGUGUGCAAACUUGCAAAUAGAAUAUUACAUCUGACAAGACAAAAGCAAGAAGAUGGCGGACCCAACUAUUCAACAAGGCUUUAAAAGUCGACUCCAACAUUUCAAGAACAAAGGAAAAGAUCAAGAUGAAAUGCGAAGACGAAGAAACGAGGUCACAGUUGAACUUAGGAAAAACAAAAGAGAGGAAACCUUACAGAAACGACGAAAUGUCCCAAUUGCCGACUCGACUGACGAAGAGGAAGUUGAAAAGUGCUUGUCCAACACCAAUUUAGGAUUACUCGUAGCAGAAGCAAAUAAUGACAGCGAUCCAGAUACUCAACUACAAGCUGUUCAAACUGCUAGAAAAUUGCUUUCUUCUGAUAGAAAUCCGCCCAUUGAUGCACUAAUAGCUAGCAAUAUCCUACCAGUACUUGUUAAAUGUUUAGAUCGGUAUGAUAAUCCUGCACUGCAAUUUGAAGCUGCAUGGGCAUUGACAAACAUCGCUUCAGGGACAUCUGUUCAGACAAAUAAAGUUGUACAAGCAGGAGCAGUUCCACUUUUCCUCAGACUUCUCCAUUCGAAUCAGCAAAACGUUUGCGAGCAAGCAGUAUGGGCUCUAGGUAACAUCAUUGGUGAUGGUCCCUUAUUAAGAGAUUAUUGUAUAGAAUUAGGGGUUGUUGAACCUUUAUUAUCAUUCAUCAAACCUGAGAUUCCCAUCUCCUUCUUAAGAAACGUCACCUGGGUCAUUGUAAAUUUGUGUAGAAACAAAGAACCUCCACCACCUAAGAAAACAAUUGGUGACCUUCUUCCCGCAUUAAAUGCAUUAAUACAUCAUACAGAUGUGAAUAUUUUGGUAGACACAGUGUGGGCCUUGAGUUAUCUUACUGAUGGAGGGAAUGAUCAGAUUCAAAUGGUCAUUGACAGUGGUGUAGUAGCUAAAUUAAUACCACUAUUGAGUCAUAAAGAAGUUAAGGUACAGACAGCAGCUUUAAGAGCAGUUGGAAAUAUUGUGACUGGAACAGAUGCGCAGACGCAAGUUGUCCUUAAUUGCGACGCUUUAUCUCAUUUCCCAGCUUUAUUGACACAUCCCAAAGAAAAGAUAUGCAAAGAAGCAGUUUGGUUCUUAUCCAAUAUAACCGCUGGUAAUCAGAGACAAGUACAAGCAGUCAUUGAUGCAGGUCUUUUGCCGUACAUUAUCAUGAACCUGAAAAAAGGAGACUUCCAAACCCAGAAAGAGGCAGCUUGGGCUAUAAGCAAUCUCACAAUUGGAGGUAACAGAGAACAAGUAACCCGCUUGAUUGACGAAGGUGUAAUUUCUCCCUUCUGUGAUCUGCUAACUUGUAAAGAUGCGCAGGUUAUCCAAGUUGUGUUAGACGGUAUUAACAAUAUGCUUAAAAUGUCCACACACAUAGUGGAUAGGCUGUGCACAAUGAUUGAAGAAUGCAAUGGCUUGGACAAAAUUGAACAACUACAGAAUCACGACAACAUCGAGAUCUACAAAUUAGCUUAUGACAUAAUUGAAAGAUAUUUCAGUGAAGAUUCGGAGGAAGACCCUACCUUAGUUCCUGCUGCAGGUGAUGCAACCUAUACCUUUGAUCCAAACACCAACAUACCAAACGAAGGUUUCCAGUUUUGAUGUGAAAGGACUUGCUCAAAAGUUUUGACUACAUACAUUGUUUUUGCCUAGAGCAUUCGCUUCCUAAUUCAACAUCCACUGAUGUACGUUCAUUUUAAUUUUAUAGUAUUUAUGUAAAUAUAAAUUUGAAAGAAACAAACACUUAGUAAGUUGAACAGAAUCUUGAUUUGAUUUAUUUUAAUCGGUUAGUAGGAAUGAAUGAAAUUUUUAACUCAUUGUAAUAUUCAUUUUAAUUCAGUAAGAAAUCUCUUUUCUUUGUGGACUUAUAAUUAAAUUAAUGGGAUUGCGAAUUCUCUUCGAAAUGUGAUGUGAAAUGACAAUGAUAUUAAAAUGAUCGUACAUUAAAAAAUUUGAGCAUGACAUUUAUCGGAUUCACCCUUCUCCAGUAUAUAGAUACCUACUUGUUAACGAUGCAAUAACAGGGUCAUGCACAAAUUUUUUCGAAAGAUUUGAGUAAAUUGUUUGUUGAAUUUUUGGUCCAUUGGAUGGAGAUUCACUGUUCUGAUCGAAAAUUUUUUGUUAAAUACAUUUCCAGAGUAGUGCCCAUACUCCAAGCGGAAUUAAGAAUCAAAACAAUGAAUAUUUUCAUGUGUACUUCAAAACCAAGUACAUCAUAUUAUUUAUUUGGAGUAACAAUUUUAUUCGGAGUAUAAUGUAAAUUUCUAGUAAAUAUAAUAUUUACAAUAUUAA